AUGUCUAAACCAACUAUUGUACUAGUCCCUGGAGCUUGGCACAAAGCCGACAUCUACUCUGCUGUUGCAGAAUAUCUUCACAAACAUGGUUAUCCCACUGUCUUGUUGCCUCUUCCUUCAGCCGGCGCCACGCCUCCUCACCAGGACUUUGAUGGCGAUGUCACUGCCAUUCGCGACGCUAUCAGUGAACUUGUUUCAAACAACAAAGAUGUCAUCCUCGUCGUUCACUCGUAUACUGGUCUUCCUGGAGGCGAGGCCCCAAAAGGCUUUGCUAAAACAGACCGUGAGGCAAAGGGAUUGGAAGGGGGAGUGAUCCGAUACGUCGUAAUCAACGGAUUUGCGACCCCUUCAGGAUUCAGACCGACCCCUAAAGGGGAUUACUCUCAGUUCCCGGAGUGGAUGAAGUUGGAUCAAGAGAACGAUGUUGUCAAUGUCUCCGUCGAGGAUGCCAAGAAGAUCUUCUAUAAUGAUCUGUCAUCCGAGAAGGGAGAUGAGCUUGCUUCUAAGCUAGUACCCCAGAGUCUCGGCGUCUAUUCCAGCACCGCAACCUACGCAGCUUGGACUGACAUCCCAUCCACUUUUGUUGUCGGUGGGACUGAUCAAAGCUCUUUCACACCUCAGGUUGUAGAUAUGAUGAUUAAAGGGGCUCAGAUGAUGACACCAACUGCUUUUGACGUGGUGGAACAUCACAAAGAUGGAGGACAUUGUCUUAUGAUCAGCUAUCCUGAGUGGACAGCAGAUGUUUUGAGAAGAGCCGCAGGAGAGAAAUUUUAA